CCCUAGGCGGCAGGCGGAGUCGCCCCGCUCUGGAAGAGGGAGGGGCUUCCUCGCACCUGCGCAGUGGCCGCGGCUCUGAAGCGUGCGCGUGCGCAGUAGAGGUGGCUUGCGCUCUGAGGGAGGAAAAUGCCCCUGAAGUUAUUUGUAAUGUCGGGCCGGCCGCUGGUGACGUAGCGAGGAGUUCGGGUAGCGGCGGCGGAGGAGGCAGGAAAGAAAAGCCGAAGAAGAAAGAGGAACGGCGGCGCUCUCUCCUUUUCCUCCCCGCCAGCCCUCUCCUCCCUUCCUCUCUCCGCGCUGGGCCUUCGCUGCCAUGGAGAGAGCCGGGCCGCCGCUGAAGCCGGACUCGGGCGGCGCGUGUUGAGAGCAGGCGGGAGCCCCGUGGCGGGCGGCGCGAUGGAGUGUGCUUAAGUCUGCUGACACCUGCCAAGUGAGAUUGGAACCGUUGCACGUGGAGUCCUCGGGUUAACCUCGUAUCAGUGGUGGAAUGAAACUGAAUACGUAACUUUCUUUUCAUUCUUGCAAGGAUUUUGUAUCCCCUUGCUCCUGCUCUAGGGGCGGGGGGGUGUCAGAAAGGUGGAGUAUUCUACACAUCAGGAAGGACUCCUGGUUUGGUUUGCUCUCAGCCUGUGGAAGCACAGCUGUAGGAUUUCCUGGUUCGCUUUUUUUACUCUGGGAGAUUAUUCCACUAGGAUGGACAAUGCCUUGAACGGUGACAGCACUUUCCACUUGCCAGCCCUACAAACCGUUCACCCCGGAGUUCAGUAGAGAGCGCGAAGGUGAUUGGGGAACUCACCAUGGCUGGGAGUGGUUAUACAGAUCUGCGAGAAAAGCUCAAAUCAAUGAUGCCUUACCGAGACAAUUACAAGAGUGGUGGCAUGCGGGACCCUGCCGAAUCCCCCUAUGGAAGUGUGGGCGGAGCUGCAGAGCGCAAGCGGAAAUACCAUGAGGAUUCUGAGUCGGAGCCCAGUGACUACGAGGAGCACCAACGGGAGGAGGAGGAGGAGGCCCAUAAAGUCAAAAGCGGCAUCCGGCAGCUCCGCCUCUUCACCCCUGAGGAGUGUGCCAAGAUUGAAGCUCGUAUUGAUGAUGUGGUCUCCAGGGCAGAGAAGGGCCUUUAUAAGGAGCACACGGUGGAUAGGGCUCCUCUCCGGAAUAAAUACUUCUUUGGGGAGGGUUACACGUAUGGGUCUCAGUUGCAGAGGCGAGGCCCUGGUCAAGAGCGGCUCUACCCGCGUGGGGAAGUGGAUACUAUUCCUGAAUGGGUCCAUGACCUAGUCAUCCGCAAGCUGGUGGAGCAUCGGGUCAUCCCCGAGGGCUUUGUGAACAGUGCAGUGAUCAAUGACUACCAGCCUGGGGGCUGCAUAGUCUCCCACGUGGACCCCAUCCACAUUUUUGAGAGGCCAAUUGUCUCUGUGUCGUUCUUCAGUGACUCGGCACUCUGCUUUGGCUGCAAGUUCCAGUUCAAACCCAUCAGGGUCUCUGAGCCAGUCUUCUUCUUGCCUGUGAGAAGAGGGAGCGUCACUGUGCUCAGUGGCUACGCAGCUGAUGAAAUUACACACUGCAUUCGACCACAGGAUAUCAAGGAGAGGAGAGCAGUCAUCAUCCUGAGGAAGACCAGACUAGACGCUCCCAGGUUGGAAACGAGAUCCCUGAGUAGCUCUGUGUUGGUGCCAGGGUAUGUCUCUGACCGUCUGUCAGGAAGCAACAGGGACCCCCUCCUGAAGCCAAAGAGGUCCCAUCGUAAAGCAGACCCGGAUGCUGCUCACCGACCUCGAAUUUUAGAAAUGGAUAAAGAGGAGAACAGGCGCUCGGUCCUCUUGCCCAAACACAGGAGGCGGAGUCAUUUCAGCUCUGAGAACUAUUGGCGGAAGUCUUAUGAGUACACGGAGGACUUUGACGAAGAGGAGGAGGAUGGGAGUCCAGCUCGGAAAGUGAAAAUGAGGCGGCAUUAAGGGACUCUGUACUUUCAGUUCCCCCCACCCCACCCCCUCCACACACACACACACAAGAUCUUAGCGCUGAUGAGACUGGCCUUCAGGCUGUGAAAUCGUAUCCUUCUUCCCAUUCCUCCCUUGGCUAUUUCUCAUCUAGCUUCGAGGUUGUGUUCUCCCCCACCCUUCCCCUUUUAGGCUGAAGAAUAGCUGGGACAGAUCUGGCUGCUUCUUUCACUUUUUUUUUUGACAGAGGCAUCCAUGCUGACCAGGAUGUAUCUGGUGCCCCCUGCCCUUUGUCCUCAUCCCCACCCCACCCCAGGGCGGUCGGGCAUGCCUCUUGAAAGUGUGGGGGCAGCUUGUUUUUAAAGGAAGUAAAAAAGCUAUGUUGUUCUUUGAGGUGUUUGGGCUGGAGUGGAUUUUGAAGAUGCCAAAAAAAAGUGAUGUGCUGAGUUUGCUGAAAGAGUGGAGAAUAUUUGUGUGUGCUCUGGCGCCGCUGCUUCUUGAAAACGUUCUAAAUACAGCGUUUGGUCCCUUCCUUGCACCACCACCCACUUGGCGCAGUGCUCUCCAUAGCACCAUCCUCCUCCGUUCUGCACCAAAGGGCUCCUAAUUUCCGAGGCCAACUUCCGUGUGAAAUUACCUUUUUCUUGCUGUCACUUCAAAAGCCGCCUCCCUCCAGCAACUGGAAAUCUAAAGCUUUGCAAACACCUCUUUUUUUUUGUGACACCGGAUGACAAAGCGUUUAGGACGUGUUGCACUUUAGUGUCAGGGUUUAUUUCCCUUUUUUUUUCUUUGUUCUAUUAAAUGCCAUAUAAUCCUACUCCCCCAAAUCCUUACUUGCUUGGGCUAGCAAGCACCUGUGUUUUCUGCGCUGCUAAUGGAAAAAAAAAAGGAUACAGUCUGUUUUCUCUUUCUGUGAAGGAUGCACGGUGGUUCCACAUUGGGGCUGCUGCUUGAGGGCUCGUUGAGGGGUGGGAGGGGGGAGUAACUCCUGGAAGGAGGAGCAGCUUGGCUGGAAAGCCAAGGUUCUACUGACCCCUUCACACUAACAGCAUAGAGCCCAAUGCACUGGGCAGGUCUCCCCACGGAAGCUGGACUGGAGUUGAUGGCAACUGUGCAAACUUAACAUGGUUUUAACAAUGCGCUCAGGAGAUCCUUCCUAGCGCAUUGUGCCUGCACCUUGUGUUUAAGGAAGUUCAUCUGCUUCGUUUUGAUUUUCUUCUUACCCAUGAUAGGAAAAAUAAGACCUUCGCUGACGCCGCUAUCCCUUCCGACGCUUUGAAAACCAGUCUUCUAUGUUGGUUGUCUGUUCUUAAGGGUGUAGAUGGCCUUGGGUGGAUGCUCCGAGUUGGGAAUCCAGUCAUGGCAGGAGCUGCAUCCGUGGGACCGAGUUCUGCCCUCGGUUCCCAACAUUGGCAGCCUCCCAGUGCAAUGAGUCUUGAGAUUGCCAAGUUACUUGUGGAAUCUGCCAUCUGCAGAGUGGGGGCAUUCAGGCAGCCCCUUGCAGGAGACCGGCGUAGAGGAUGAAAUGGCAUAACCUGCUGCUUCUGCACCUCCUGGCGAUGGAGUCAGCCUGGCAAGCUGUACUUCCUCUUGCUCUUGCACCAAAUGCAUCUUGCCUACAGCAUGUUGGUCCUCGCAUCUGGAGCUGCCAGCCCGCCACUAACACCCUUUCGUGCUUUUGCUUCCCUGCUUGAGCCAAGCCUAGAAAAUCACCACCAGUUGCCACCAAAGAGUUCAAUUUUUAAAUGUUACAUCUUCUCCCCAAUGGCUGUAUCUUUCCGUCUUUCCCCCCCCCUUGCUUUGCUCAGCUUGAAGGGGUUAUCAGCGUUCAGGGACUAGGUCAGAACCUGAGUUCCAAUCACCUAAAAAAAAUCCCAAUCGUUCCCUUAUUUCCUUAAACCACACUUGAGAAACCCAAUUCUCUGAAUCAGAAUGCUUUGCACUAAAAUCCUUGGUACAAAAGGUCUGCUCCUAAGUAUCUUGAACUUUUUGUCCCACUCCUCUCAAAUCGGGGCUCUUCUCUCCCCCCUCCCCAGGUUGCAUGUGCCUUUUUGGUGUGACCUCUGUAUACCUGGGGAUAAGCAUCAAAUUCUCUUGUGCUUCUGACAUGUGAGGAGGUUUUGCCUCCAAAUCCCCAGACGAUCCUUGCCUCAUGUGCUGCGUUCCUCAGGGGCUGCUGCUGGCCUCCCCUAUAGCUUGCUCCACUGGGAUGGGUCAACCCGCAGUUUUUCUCCAGCAUGUAACUGUCCUGGAUGCGUUGCCUCUUUUUUUUCUCCCCUCACCCUUCUUGCCAUCAAAGCGGAGCCUUUGAUUUCAAAAGAGCAGUGGCUUCCGAACACCCCAUCUCAGGUCUCCUUCAAAGUUCCUUUUGUAUGAGUGGGCUGUUCCACUUGCCCUUUUGGUAAGAAGGGCAGAAUGCCUUGAGCUUGGUUUCCACAUGCCCCUUGCCUACAGGUGAGGAUGAAGCAAAACACAGGUGCGACAUUGGGAAGCCGAAAGGUUCUAAAACAUCCUGGUCUGCAGUUGUAGGCCCACUUUGUAGCUGGCAGCACAAGAAGUGUUGUGCUUUUUGCCCCUCUGAAGGGAGCGUCUCAUACAGGUUGCAGUGUGAGGUGAAGAAAGGGGAUGUGGGUGCUUGAAUAUUCUUAAGGGCUGAAGGGCUUUGGGAGAGAGACAAUCCUGCAACGUGCCACACAGCGUUCCUGUCUGUUGAGUAAAAGCACCUUCUGUAUUUCUCACAAGUAUGGUCUUCAUUAUCCUGGAGAGCUGGGGAGGUUUCUGCGUCCAUGCCCCAUGCAGCAGAAGUUGAUCUGGUUUUGCUAUGACCCACUCCUCCAAAUGUUGUUCAGUUUUAACUUUUGCUUUAUGACUCAUCGUCGCCAGGGUGAGCGUAGCUAGUAAUGGGCAAGGGUGAGUGUCCCAGAACUGGGUUUCUUCAGUAAAAAGAGGCUUUGCUUCUCUGCACACGUCUCUGCAACCUGGCGUACGGCAGCAGUGCCGGAUGGAUCUGUACCGCAAGCCAUGAGGCAAGUGUGUGAACCUCCUAUGCUCUUUUUUCCUUCACCUAAGUCUUUGCUGACCAGCAUCUGGCAUCCUCAGCAGAAUAGCAUGUAGGAAAAAUAACACCUUAAUAGAUCUGUCUUGCACUUUGUCUAAAAUUUUGGAUCCCUCUUGUCAAUAAAAUCCACUGAGGUAAGGGCACUUAUCAGCUUCCUCUCCAAAAGCUUGAUUCUCCUGGACCAUCAUGCAGGAAACUUAAAGAGCAGGGGAUGUGCAUAUGCUCUCGCCGUCUUCCCCACAGUUAACUUUUCUCAGGUGUCAUUUGCUGUGGUGAUUGACCCAGUUAUAAGGCAAAGUGUGAUGGGAUUUUUAAAAAAACACUCCAUGUUUCUGAGACAGAACAACGUCGAUAAGAUGGGUUGGUUUCUUGUUUUUAAUGCUGUUAGUGUGAGGUUUGAUGGCAGCCAAUCACUGGUAAAAGGAUCCACCCAUAGCCCCUCACCAGAUCCAGGCUGCUUUUGAAACUUCAGGGGUGUGUGGUUUGGAUCCACUUCCGGUGAUUAGCUGGCUGUUUUUUUUUUAAAGCAUCAAGUACAGUUGAACUUGAGUCUAAAGGCAAAAUCUGCUCCAAAAACAUACCUGGGUUUCUCCACCUUGCACCCCCCUCUCCUCCCAAGCACACACUUAAAAAAAAAAAGUUCUGGCUGACUUUUUUGUGUUUUUUUAAAUAAAAAAAUCUAAUUUUUUGUUACAAAUAAAAUAAGUGGCAAUAUUUUUUUCUGUAAUUUUUAAUAGGAAAAAGUGUGAUUUGUAAAACCAAUUGUACAGUUCUGAAGUUUGAGAUACACAAAAUAGCUGUACUGCGUGGCACGCUGUCAAUGGGGGAGGGGGGAGGGGAGAGAUUAUUUUCCGUACAGUACAGUGUAUUUGGGGAGAAAUCUUUUAAUUCGGGUUGAUUUAGGAAGAGCUAUAGUUCCCUGUCAGGGUUUUGAAAUUUCAUUUUUUCUUGUAUAGAAUGCUGCAUUUAACUAAAUAAAAGCCGAAAGCAUCACU